AGUUAUUUCAUCGCUUAGGAAACCACACAGAGUUGAUUUAAUUGAAACUUGUAAUUGUCAAGGUUGAAAGAAUUAAAGUUAUCUUAAACCAUAUAUUGGUGCAUAAAAUUAAGUCACAAGAUGGAAAGUACGAGGGACGAACUCAGUAUGCUGAUGGAUGUUGCUAGGGAAAUUACUGCUGCUGGUAAAAAGAAGAGUUCUACUUUAGUCGCUGCUCAAGAAUCGAUGAAAGAAAAAUUGGCUAGGGAAAGAGACGAAAAAGCAGAUCGCCUAUCCAGCAUUGAUGUUCAUCAUCGACAUAUCUGUGAAUUGGUGGCGUUGUUUUUAAAUGCUAAAGUAGAAGAUGUCAUCGAUGCUGUUGCAAAUACAUCAGAAUCCAUGAAUACCAUGGAGACCUUUCUUGAUAAAGGUGGCACUAUGGGUGUAGUUUUUUAUCUACAACACUAUCUGAUAAAAAUGAAUGCUUCCCAGAUGCAUCAGGAAGCCAUGCAUUCAUCAGAAGUAGUUCAUAAGAAAAUUCAAAUAGGUGAUGUUGAUAAGUUGCGGAUCGCCGAAAUGGGUGUUGCUGUUUAUAAAACUUUAGAUGUAGCUGUUACGAUUAAGAAUAUUGGAGAGGUUAUUAAUUUUAUUCAAUUAGACAAUAUGAAUGACAAUGGAAAUGUUGUUGCCAUGAAUUAUUAUUUGAUGGACAAUCUAUUGACGAAACCGUUGUUGAUGAACUCCAGCAAGGAAUGGACGGAACUUUCGAAAACAAAAUCCGGGAAGACAAAGCAGGCAUCAUUUGAGAGACAAUAUCGCCAGUUCGUUAAUUUUAUGAAGAAAACAAAAGUUGAUAUUGAGAGUGUUAUAAUUUUCGAUGAGGAGGAAGAGAUUCAAUCGAUUCUACGUGAAAACUCUGAGGAUAGCAAUCGACUCAACAGAGAACUGAUCCGGAAAGUAGAAUGUGCAGUACGAAUCUGGAAUAAGAAAAUAGAGAGGACCCUCGUCCAAUAUGAGCAACUGAGGAAAGAAGAUGAAUUCGUGGGACCAUUAGAAGAGGUCGAAUAUUGGAGAAAUCAACUAGCUCGCUUCAGUAGCAUCGUGAAUUUCAUAUCUAGUGACACUUGCAACAGAUUGGUAAAUUUCCUGAAGUUAACCGGCAGUGUUAUCCUUAAGAGUUGGAAGAAACACUGCAACCAAGUGCUCGAUGUCCGCAAUCAAUGUACCGACAACGUCAGAUACUUGUACUCCUUCGAUACGUUCUGCGAACCUCUCUACCGAUGCGACCCCUUGCAGAUACCAAGCCAUAUACCUUCACUCCUCUACGCUGUCCGGAUGAUCUUCACAACGUCGAGAUAUUUCAAUAAGAUGUCGAACGUGACAGCCAUUCUCACCAAGAUAUCCAAUCAGCUUGUGAUAGUCUGUAGGAGUUACUUGAAUUGUAAUGGGAAGAAGACCGUUUGGAACCAACCAAAACAAACGAUUUUGACUAAAAUCAGGCAUUGUUUGGACCUAUACUUGAAGUACUACCAAUGCUACACCCAUAUUCAAGAAGAAAUGGAGGAGGCGGGUGAAAAAACAUUCGGAUGUUCGGAAAUGUAUGUUUUUGGAAAACUCGAAGCUUUCAAGAAGAGAAUAGAAGAGAUUACAGAUGUUUUGACUACAACGUCCACAUAUUCCAUCUUAGAAAGUAGCAGAAUUGAUGGUAUCGAUGAGUAUGCAAUAAAGUUCAAGGAGUUCUUCAAUACCAUAUCCCGUAUGAAAUAUGAUGUACUCAAUCACAGAUUACCAGAGUUCGACGAAGACUAUGCAGAAUACAAGCAGAAAGUUGCAGAUACUGAAUGGCUAUUGGAGGAGUUUGUUGGCAUCUCCCUCUCAAAGAUGCAGGAUGUUGAUAACGUUCUAAGACUACUGAAAAGAUUUGAGAAACUCAACUUGCCCUGCUUACAUCUCGAAGAGAGAUACUUGGAAGCGAUGAUCAUGUUUCAAGAUGAAUUGGGUAACUUGAGGGAUAUCUAUAACGAAGAAAGACAAACGCCAAUGUUACCCAAGCUUAUGCCACCCGUAGCUGGAAGACUCAUGUGGAUCAAAAAUUUUUAUAGAAAAAUCGAACAACCAAUGUUGGUGUUUAGGGAAAAAUCUCGUGUUAUCAAGCAUCGAAAAGUCCAGAAAUGUAUACAGCUCUACAAUGCUCUGAGUAUGGUGUUCGUGCAUUAUGAAAAACUCUACCACGAGGGUUGGUACGAUCACUGUAGCCAGGUCGUAUCUUGUUUGAAUGUGCCAAUUUUAGUUAGACAUCCCAAGACCAAAAGAUACGUUGUGAAUUUCAGCCCGUAUAUUAACGAAGUUAUUAGAGAAUCUGAGUUCAUGUACAAAUUGAAAAUGCCUGUUCCAGAUGUCGGACAAAUACUGAUUUUCUGCAGAGACAAAAUGCAGUAUUCCUCGGAUGUGACCAGACAGUUGGUGGAACGCAACGAUAGGAUCCGUUCUAGUAUUCCAUCUCUGUUCAUACCUUUGAUGCGGACCUUGAUGCUCAAACUUGAGAACGCUUUCGAACCAGCUUUUUCAACCUUAACUUGGACGUCCUUGCAAAUACCAGAGUUUUGUGACAGCGUCAAUUCGAUUCUUGAGAACUUCGAAAUAUUCGUCAAAGAGGUUAAGGAUUUGAUGGAGGCCAGAAUAUGUGAGGGCUUGAACGCUAUCGCCAAUACAUCUUUAGUUUAUCUUCCGGAUGAGGCGCUAUCACUGGAAGAUUUUCUAAAAGAAAAUAUCAGACAUCGCCGACAAGUUGUGAUUGAAAUUGAAAAUAAGUCGCUUGCGAUCGAAACUGCCGUUAUCGAACUGAUAAAUAAAUUUCUUGUACAUAUUGAAGAACCACACUUACAAGAAAACAAAUAUGAUUGGUUGGAUUCCGAAAGGGCGGUUAGGCCGAUUUCAUCUUCGUCUAAGUUGAUCGGUGGACUAGAGGCUGGUUUCAAAGAAAUUGAUAGGGAAGUUCAAUUGACCAUGGAGAUGAUUCACAACGACUGUAUCGAACUUUUUGCCUAUUUCAAUAUGAAAUUGUACGAAUCAUUCGUUAAAUCUACGAAGUCCUCCUUGGAACAAUUGAAGAAAGAGGCGAGUGGUCUCAAUACUGAUCAACACCCUGUUGUUAAGACAUAUCUGGAGUUACGGAUACCCACAAUUGUCUUAGAUCCAACUCUGGACCGAAUAGAAACAAUAUUCAAGAAUGUCAUAGCCAAUAUAAUGGAAACUAAUUUGUACUAUUCCUUAUGGGGUCAGAGGAGAGAAUUUAUCUAUGAUACCGAUGCUGGGAAAGAUUCGAAUCUACAAAUUAUCAUACCGGAGGAAAAUUAUCACAAAAUGGUUACCGAGAAUAAAGAGAUUGUUCGUGUGUUUAUGAGUCUACAGGGAAUAAUUUCCUUGCUUCAACCAGACAUCAAGACAAUUAUUUCGGAAUACCUGAAAUAUUCCUAUAUUUGGGCCGAAGAUAGAGAUGAUCAAAUCGAGCAAUUCUGUGACAGUCGCCCUCUAACGGUCGAAAUAAUCGAACGGUUUCAAAAGUACGCCGAAGAAGUCGAGACUCUCAAAACAAUUCCUGAUUAUGAAGUAGUGGGGCCCAUCAAAAUAUCUUUAGAAAACUUCAAACUGGCAGUCAUCAUUGAAUCGAACGCUUGGAAGAAUAUUCUGGGUACGAAACUUGUCGAAAGAAAUAAACAGAAACUGAAUGGAAUCGUCGACUUCAUCAAGGCCCAAGAAAAAAUCAUGAUUAAGCCAAUAAGGGAUUUGGAUGAGUGUAGGGUGGCCCUCUUGUGUUUGGAGCUCAUACGAGAUCGUUUUACCGAAAUGGAUAUGGAACUAAAUUUGAUGGAAGAAACUUAUGCUGUUUUUCUGAAAUUUAAAAUAGAUACUCCACGAGAGGACAUUGAGAGGAUUGACACUUUGAGAUUCAACUUUGAAACUAUGAACAAUCAUGCAAAACAAGUUCAGUCAAACAUCACCGAGCUGCAGGGUCCUCUUCUUCAUGAAUUGACCGAAGGUGUAGAUAAUUUCAAGAUUGAGGUGGAAAUUUUCGAUAGAGAUUUUGAAGAAAACGGACCAAUGGUACCUGGAUUAUCAGCCAGAGAAGCAAGUGAUAGAGUGUUGAUACUGCAAGACAGAUUUGAUGAAUUGUGGCGAAAAUACGAGAUGUACAGCAGUGGAGAGAGACUGUUUGGUCUCGAAGUGAACGAAUAUCCUGUGCUGUGGAAGAGGAAGAAGGAAUUCAAUCUUCUGAAUAAGUUGUACGGGCUAUAUUUGGCUGUCAAUCAUAGCAUCGAUGGAUAUAAUGACAUACUGUGGAGUGAUGUCGACAUAGAGCAGAUACUGACCGAGCUGGUAGAUUUUCAAAAUAAGUGCCGUAAACUUCCAAAAGCUCUGAAAGAUUGGCCUGCGUUUUUGGAUUUGAAGAAGAAAAUAGAAGAUUUCAGUGAAACUUGUCCUCUCCUAGAACUAAUGACUAAUAAGGCUAUGAAAGAACGUCACUGGAAGCGGUUAUCAGAGGUUUGUCACUACAAUUUUGAUGUGGAAAAUCCAUCAUUCACUUUGAGAGGAGUGAUGGAAGCUCCGUUACUUCAGUAUAGAGAUGACGUCGAGGAUAUCUGUAUAAGCGCUGUAAAGGAAAAAGAUAUAGAAGCUAAACUCAAACAGGUGAUCGCAGAUUGGGCUAUUGCCGAUCUAUCGUUUUCAAAUUUCAAAUCUAGAGGGGAAUUGUUACUGAAAGGUGCUGAAACAGGAGAAAUAAUAAUGGCUCUGGAAGACAGCUCGAUGAUAAUGAAUGGAUUGCUCAGUAACAGGUAUAAUCAGCCCUUCAAAAGGGACAUCCAACUGUGGGCUCAAAAAUUAGUAAAUACUUCAGAGAUACUGGAAAAGUGGCUUCUCGUACAAAAUCUCUGGAUAUACUUGGAGGCAGUGUUUGUAGGAGGAGAUAUUGCUCGACAGCUACCUGCAGAAGCUAAGCGUUUCAGUAAUAUCGAUAAGUCAUGGGUAAAGAUAAUGGCUAGAGCUCACGAAACUACUAACGCUGUAGAAUGUUGCACUGGAGACGAAACGAUGGGUCAGAUUUUACCACAUCUUCUAGAACAAUUAGAGAGUUGUCAAAAAAGUUUAACGGGUUAUUUAGAAUCGAAACGGUUAUUAUUCCCGAGAUUUUUCUUCAUCUCUGACCCUGUUCUUUUGGAAAUAUUGGGACAAAGUUCGAAUCCCGCCUCUAUACAGCCUCAUUUACCAAGUUUGUUCGAUGCAAUAUUCUGGGUUGACUUUGACGAGAAAAAGUCAGACUACAUAGUGGCAAUUAAUUCCGAUGUAGGAGAAAAGGUUCAGUUGGAAAAAUACGUCCAGUGUUCUGGUGCUGUAGAGACCUGGCUUACUCAUUUACUCCUCAGCGUGAAGGAGACAGUCAGAGCUGUUAUAGCAGCACAAGCCCUAUGUCUGAACGAUCCUGAGUAUAACUUCGUUCAAGGAUUUCAGCAAUUUUGUGGGCAGGCUGGCCUUCUUGGCUUGCAGCUACUUUGGACCUCGAACGCAGAACUGGCGCUGAAGAAAUGCAAAAUAGAUCGAAUGAUCAUGAAGAACACGAACCAAAAUUUCCUAGAUCUCCUCAAUGCUCUCAUAGACUUGACGUCGAAAAAUCUGACCAAAAUGGAGAGAAUCAGAUUUGAGACAAUGGUCACUAUUCAUGUUCAUCAAAGGGACAUAUUCGACAACAUGGUAAAAUUGAAAAUAAGGUAUAUCACAGAUUUUGAAUGGCAGAAACAGAGCAGAUUCUAUUUCAAUGAGGACAGCGACGAGGUAACUGUAGGAAUAACAGACGUUAUAUUCAUUUACCAAGACGAAUAUCUGGGUAUAACCGAGAGAUUAGCGAUAACACCUCUAACAGAUAGGUGUUACAUAACCCUUGCCCAAGCUAUAUGGAUCAAUAUGGGAGGAGCUCCUGCUGGACCUGCAGGUACUGGAAAGACAGAGACGGUUAAGGAUAUGGGAAGAGCCCUUGGGAAAUUUGUCGUCGUCUUCAACUGUUCCGAUCAGAUGGAUUUCAAAGGCCUUGGUAGGAUCUUUAAGGGUCUCGCACAAUCUGGAACUUGGGGCUGUUUCGACGAAUUCAACAGAAUCGAAUUACCUGUGCUCUCAGUGGCGGCUCAACAAAUAUACAUCGUACUGCAAGCAAGAAAAGAGCGGAAAGCUGUGUUUAUCUUCAUGGAUGGCGACAAUGUAUCAAUGAACAUCGAAUUUGGAAUUUUUCUGACGAUGAAUCCAGGUUAUGCUGGGCGACAGGAAUUGCCGGAAAAUCUGAAAAUCAUGUUUCGCACCGUUGCCAUGAUGGUUCCUGAUAGACAGAUAAUCAUACGUGUGAAAUUGGCUUCAUGCGGUUUCAGAGAUAACAUUACUCUGUCUGGAAAGUUCUUCACUCUGUACCAGCUUUGUGAGGAACAGUUGUCUAAGCAAGUACAUUAUGAUUUCGGACUGAGGAAUAUCUUAUCGGUAUUAAGAACCUUAGGCGCUCAGAGGAGAAGCAAUCCUUACGAUACUGAAGAGACGAUCGUCAUGAGAGUGCUCAGGGAUAUGAAUCUAAGUAAGCUCGUAGAUGAAGAUGAAGCUCUCUUCUUGUCUCUCAUUGAUGAUACCUUUCCUGGUAUAAAAUUGACGACAUUCUCGUGGAAAGAUCUCCAGAAAGCUUUAACAAAGAAUAUCGCUUCUAUGAGACUAGUAAAUCAUCCUGGUUGGAAUCUGAAGAUAAUACAGUUAUAUGAGACAUCCCUUGUCAGACAUGGUCUUAUGGUUUUAGGUCCUACUGGAGCAGGAAAAACGAAAUGUAUGCUUUGUUUGAUGAGAGCAAUGACAGACAUGGGACAACCACAUAAAGAAAUGAGGAUGAACCCAAAGGCAAUUACAGCUCCACAAAUGUUUGGUCGGCUGGACGUGGCCACCAAUGACUGGACUGAUGGUAUUUUCUCAACUUUGUGGAGGAGAUCUUUGAAAUUGAAGAAAACUGAUUUCUGCUGGCUAGUUCUAGAUGGUCCGGUAGAUGCCGUCUGGAUCGAAAACCUGAAUUCCGUCCUCGACGACAACAAGACGCUGACUUUGGCCAACGGCGAUCGCAUAGUGAUGGCCGCCAAUUGCAAGCUCGUCUUCGAACCCGACAACGUGGACAACGCGAGCCCAGCCACGGUGUCCCGUAUGGGGAUGGUGUUCAUGAGUGCCUCCGUCCUGCCCUGGUCGCCCAUUCUGGAGGCGUGGUUGAAGAACAGGUCGAACCAGGAAGCUGCUGUGUUGAAGAAUCUCUUCAAUUCCAUUUAUGCGGAUCUGCAGCUCUUCGUUCUGAUCAAAUUGAAACCGAAGAUGUUCUUGAGGGAGGCGAUGUAUAUAAAGCAGUGCUGCGAUGUUCUCCAAGGGAUUCUGGAUGUUGAAGAGGAGAAUAGAAGCUGGACAGAUAAGCAGUUAGAACGCCUCUUCCUCUUCGCUCUAAUGUGGUCACUAGGGGCUCUUUUAGAACUCGAAGAUAGAAUAAAGAUGGAAUUGUUUGUUACGACACAUCCAUCGAAUUUAGAUUGGCCCAAAUGCGGAGAUAAUGAAACGAUCUUCGAGUUUUUAGUGAACACUGAUACCGGCAGAUGGCAGCACUGGUCUGAAAGGGUGGAACCGUUCAUUUAUCCUUCGGAUAGUAUUUUAGAAUUCACGUCAAUACUAGUGCCAAAUGUGGACAAUGUUCGAACCAAUUUCUUGAUAAGCACCAUUGCUAAACAACGAAAGUCAGUUUUACUAAUAGGUGAACAAGGUACAGCAAAAACGGUAAUGAUAAAAGGUUAUAUGUCGACGUUCAACGUGGAUUACGCUCUGAGCAAGAGUUUCAAUUUUUCUUCAGCAACAACACCCAAUAUGGUUCAGAGAAUUAUAGAGUCCUACGUUGACAAGAGAGUUGGAACAACAUAUGGACCUCCAGCUGGAAAAACACUUUCAAUUUUUAUUGACGACAUCAACAUGCCUGUAAUCAACGAUUGGGGAGACCAGAUCACAAAUGAAAUUGUCAGACAGCUCAUGGAAUGUGGAGGAUUUUAUAGCCUGGAUAAGCCUGGAGAUUUCUCAACUAUAGUAGAUGUGUUGUUCCUUAGUGCAAUGAUACAUCCAGGAGGCGGAAGAAAUGAUAUACCACAUCGGUUGAAACGACAAUUUUGCAUCUUCAAUUGUACGCUUCCUAGCGUAGCUUCAAUGGACCUGAUAUUUCAAAAAAUUGCUUGCGGCUAUUUCUGUCCAGAACGGUUCGAUCAAAAUGUAGUAGACCUAGUUGAGAUGUUAGUUCCUCUCACCCGCACAAUAUGGCAACAAACAAAAACCAAAAUGUUACCAACUCCGGCCAAAUUCCAUUAUGUCUUCAAUUUACGUGAUCUCUCCAGAAUAUGGCAAGGAAUGUUGAACGUGAAAUCUGGAGAAUGUGAGAAUACUGACCAGUUACUGAAAUUAUGGAAACACGAAUGUAACAGAGUAAUCUCUGAUAGGUUUAUCGACAGCACUGACAAAAAAUGGUUCUCUGAAAAUAUGAUCACAAAUGCAACAUCAGCGUUAGCUGGAGUCGUGAGUAGUAUACCUGAAGAAGAUACAUUUUGGGCAGAUUUCUUGAGAGAUCCUCCAGAAACAACGGGAGACGAACCGGACGAUUAUGUUAUUGUAAUACCGAAAGUUUAUGAGGAAAUACCUUCCAGGGAAUUCGUUAAAGAUAGAUUAUAUAUGUUCAUGGAAUUGUACAAUGAAUCCAUCCGUGGGGCCUCUAUGGACUUGGUUUUCUUCGAUGACGCUAUGAUUAAUCUGCUUACAAUAUCCAGAAUAAUUAGAACUUCUAGGGGAAAUGCACUAUUGGUUGGCGUUGGUGGCUCAGGAAAGCAAAGUUUAACCAGACUUGCCUCUUUCAUUGCACUCUAUAAGAGUUUUCAACUUCAACUAACAAGGUCAUAUAACAUUGGAAAUCUAAUGGAAGACCUGAAAUAUUUAUACAGAGUAGCUGGCUUAGACGGCCAGGGCAUCUCCUUCAUUUUCACCGACAACGACAUAAAAGACGAAACAUUUCUGGAGAGCAUGAACAACAUUCUCAGCUCGGGAGAGAUCGCAAAUCUCUUUCCGAAGGACGAAAUAGAUGAGAUUCAAUCAGAACUGAUACCAAUCCUCAAGAAGAUACAACCGAAGACACCACCGACUGUUGAGAAUCUCUACGAAUUCUUCAUAACGAGAGCUGUUUCGAAUCUGCAUGUUGUAUUGUGUUUUUCUCCUGUUGGCGAGAAAUUCAGAAGCCGUGCGCUGAAAUUUCCGGGAUUGAUUUCUGGGUGUACCAUCAACUGGUUUUCGAGAUGGCCGAAAGCUGCACUGAUUGAAGUUUCGAGUCAUUUCCUGAAAGAUUUUCCAAUGGUUGCUGUUCCUGAAGUGAAAGAAAAUCUGGUUAUCGCCAUGGGUGAAAUACAAGAUGGAGUAGCGGAAAUAUGUAAUUCGUAUUUUCAGAGAUUUCGUCGCAGGGUUUUCGUAACCCCAAAAACUUAUACUUCUUUCCUCAAUACCUACAAAAUUUUCUACCAAGAGAAGUUUGACGAAAUCAACACUUUAGCUGACAGGGUCAAAAUAGGUCUUACGAAACUUGUAGAAGCACAAGAAAAUGUGGACGAACUUAAAGAAGAACUCAAACUGAAAGAAGUCGAAGUGAAUGUAGCAACAGAAGCCGCGGAUAAGGUUCUGAAUGAAGUGUUGGCAGCCUCACAGAUCGCGAAUAAGAUCAAAGAAGAUGCUGCGGUAGUCAAGGACAAAGCGGAAACCCUUGUUAUUGCUAUAAGUGCGGAUCAGGAAGAAGCGGAGCAGAAACUGUUGAUGGCGAAACCUGCUCUGGAAGCCGCAGAAGCUGCAUUGUUGACCAUCAAGGCAGCAGAUAUAGCAACUGUGCGAAAACUGGGAAAACCACCUUACCUCAUCACGCUAAUUAUGGAUGUAGUGCUGAUAUAUUUCAAGAAGAGGUUAGACCCUGUGAAGCCGGAUAAUGAAAGACGAUUCCUUCAAGCAUCCUGGAACGAAUCCUUGAGGGUUAUGGCAGAUACGAGAUUUCUCAGUAAGCUCCAGGAAUACCCAAAGGAUACCAUCAACGCCGAAAUCGUCGAUCUGGUUGUACCCUACUUGGAAAAUGAACUGUACACCUAUGAAAAUGCAAAGACAGCAUGCGGAAAUGUUGCUGGUUUGGUAUCCUGGACUAUAGCUAUGGCAUCGUUUUACGAAGUAAACAAAGAAGUUUUGCCCCUCAAGACCAAUCUAGCAAUACAGCAAGCGAAAUUAUCGAUAGCCCAAGCGGAAUUAGAUUCUGCGAUGGAAUUGCUAGCCAGUAAAGAAAGCGAGGUUAGGCAGUGCCAGACGCUAUACGAAGAGGCCAUGGCUCAUAAACAGAUAGUCUUCGAUGAUGCCAUGAAAGUGAAGAAUAAGAUGGAUGCAGCCACCGCUUUGAUAAGUGGCUUAUCCGGGGAAAGAAUCAGAUGGACCGAUCAACUGGCUCAUUUCAAGGCAGAAACGGAGAGGCUCGUAGGAGAUAUUGUCCUACUCGUUGGUUUCCUGGGAUACUCUGGGCCUUUCAAUCAAGAAUUCCGCUCGCUGAUGCAGGCGUCUUGGUUGGAUAUGCUUAUCGGCAAAAAAAUUCCCGUAACUUCAACACUUAGUGUAAUUGAGAGUUUGACAGAUAACGCUACAAUAGGAGAAUGGAACCUUGAAGGAUUACCAAACGAUGAGCUUUCUAUUCAGAAUGGUAUUAUAGUAACGAAAGCUUCAAGAUAUCCACUUCUAAUCGAUCCACAAAACCAAGGCAAAAUUUGGAUAAAAAAUAAGGAACAAAAAAACCAACUGGUUGUAACAACACUGGGACAUAAAUAUUUCAGAAAUCACUUAGAAGAUUCCAUAUCCAUUGGGUAUCCUAUAAUAAUUGAAGACAUAGCUGAGGAACUUGAUCCCGUCUUAGAUCAUGUACUCGAAAAAAACUACAUCAAAAUCGGGACAACAUUCAAGGUAAAAGUGGGAGAUAAGGAAGUAGACGUGCACAAAGACUUCAGACUCUAUAUCACGACCAAGUUGGCAAACCCUUCGUACACGCCAGAAAUUUUCGCAAGAACUUCGAUGAUCGACUUCACAGUCACAAUUAAAGGCUUAGAAGAUCAGUUGUUGGGUCGCGUCAUCAUGACAGAGAAGAAAGAACUGGAGACUGAGAAAACAAAUCUCAUUAUCGAAGUAACAGCCAAUAGGAGAAAAAUGAGAGAACUAGAGCAGAAUCUUCUUUAUAAACUAACAACGAUACAGGGUUCUCUUCUUGACGAUGUUUCAGUAAUUGAGGUUCUCAAUACCACGAAAAAUACUGCUGCUGAAGUUAAAGAACAACUGGCUGUAGCCAGGACAACAGAAAUAAAAAUCAAUGCAGCCAGAGAGGAGUUCAGGCCGGUAGCGACCAGAGGAAGUGUGCUCUAUUUCAUAGUAGUCAGUAUGGCGAUGGUGAACUACAUGUACCAAACAUCUCUGGUGCAGUUCUUGGAACGAUUCGACAUCUCGCUGGCUAGGUCCGAUAAGAGUCCAGUAACGAGCAAAAGAAUACUGCAUAUUAACGAUUACUUGACAUACGAGAUUUUCAAAUACAAAUCUCGAGGUCUAUAUGAGCAACACAAAUACAUGUUCGUUCUAUUACUGGUGUUGAAAAUCGACUUGGAAAGGAUACACAUCACAAUGGAAGAGUUUCAGAAUUUCAUUAAGGGUGGCGCUGCUCUCGAUUUGAAGGCUUGUCCUGACAAGCCAGCUCGAUGGAUAACCGAUUUGACGUGGCUCAACAUAGUGCAGCUCUCUAGCUUGAGGCAGUUCCAGUAUAUCUUACAACAGGUAACAGAAAAUGAGAAACUUUGGAAAGUUUGGUUCGACAAGGAUGCUCCUGAGGAAGCACCUUUCCCUCUGAGUUACGGCUCCCUGGACACCUUCAGAAAACUGCUGCUCAUAAGAGCAUGGUGUCCUGAUAGAAUAAUGGUCCAGAGUAAAAAAUACAUUGCUCAAUCUAUGGGUACAAGGUUUUCGGAGCCCAUGUUAUUGAACUUCGAAACAAUGUAUAUAGAAUCGAGGUCCUUAACUCCGAUGAUAUGUUUCUUGAGCACCGGGUCUGAUCCCACGCCUUACAUAGAGCAGUUGGCGAAAAGGUUAGAAUUUAGAUGCAAAUCGAUUUCAAUGGGACAAGGACAGGAAAUUCAUGCUAGAAAAUUACUUACAGAUGCAAUGAACGAGGGUUUUUGGGCUCUUCUGCAAAACUGCCAUCUGUCCUUAGACUAUAUGCAAGAAGUCCUUGUGCUGUUCAUGGAACUGGAAAAAGGUGGAACUUUCAAUAAGAAUUUCAGGCUCUGGUUGACAACAGAAAUUCAUGAGAAGUUUCCCAUCAGUUUAUUACAAAUUUGUAUCAAAUUUACAAAUGAAGCUCCAUCAGGUAUGCGAGCUGGUUUAAUCCGUACCUAUACUUCCAUGAAUCAAGACAUGUUGGAUUAUUCCGAUUCGAAACAGUACAUACCACUCAUAUACGCCAUCUCAUUUCUGCACACCGUUGUUCAGGAGAGAAGAAAAUUCGGUCCUCUAGGUUGGAAUAUUCCGUAUGAAUUCAACUCGGCUGAUUGGCUAGCUAGCUGUCUAUUUCUGCAGAAUCAUUUGGACGAAGCUGAUGCCAAAAAAGGGCUGAGCUGGACCACACUCAGAUACAUGCUGGGAGAAGUGCACUAUGGCGGAAGGGUCACUGACGAUUUCGAUAAGAGACUUUUGAAUACUUUUUGCAAGGUUUGGUUCACCGAUAAAAUAUUCAACGAUGACUUCUGCUUCUAUAAAGGGUACCAAAUAGUGGUGCUCAAGCAAGUAACCGAUUAUCUCGAAUACUUCAAAAGUAUGACACCGACAGAUGUUCCCCAAGUAUAUGGCUUGCACACAAAUGCAGAUAUAACCUACCAAACAAACGCAACAUCCGAUAUGCUCUCUCAAAUGUUGUCCAUUCAACCCAAAGAAGCUGGAGUUUCCGGUGGUGAAACCAGAGAAGCGGCCGUUUACAGACAGUCGCAAGAAAUGUUAAAGAAGCUACCCCCACCUUACGAUCCAUUCGAAGUUAAAGACAGAAUUAAAGCCAUGGGUCACCUGAAUCCUCUGAACAUAUUCCUCCACCAAGAGAUAGACAGAAUGCAGAAGGUGUUGAUAAACAUCACCCAAACAUUGCAGGAUUUACUACUGGCCAUAGACGGCAUAAUAAUCAUGAAUGAUAUCUUGCAAGACGCUCUGGAUAAAAUCAACGAUGCUUUGGUUCCCAACAUCUGGAAGAGGGGAUCUUGGGCAGCAGCUACCUUAGGAUUCUGGUUCACCGAAUUGAUAGAAAGAAACAAUCAGUUCAACGACUGGUGUUUCAAGGGGAGACCUCCCUCCUUCUGGAUAGCUGGGUUCUUCAAUCCUCAAGGAUUUUUAACUGCUAUGCGUCAAGAAGUUGCAAGAGCUCAUAAAGGAUGGGCUUUGGAUCAAGUAACAUUAUUCAAUGACGUCACCAACAAAAUGAAAGAAGAUAUCUCAGCAUCACCUAAUGAAGGUGUUUAUGUUUAUGGUCUCUUUCUCGAUGGAGCUGGUUGGGAUAGAAGGAAUUCAAAACUGAUGGAAUCUAUAAAUAAAGUUUUGUACACCCUUUUACCAGUUGUUCACAUAUACGCUAUAAUUACGUCUCCGAAAGUAUCCACACCGUUAUAUAAGGCGCCACUCUACAAGAAGGCCAACCGAACUGAUUUAAACUACAUCACCUCCUUGUUUUUAGUUACUGUUAAACCACCAGAUCAUUGGAUUCUGAGAGGUGUUGCUCUGUUAUGUGAUAUACAAUAGCAGUAAUAUAUUUGAAGGAUGUUCUUGUUAUAUUUGGAUUAAAAAUUUUAACCCCA